AUGGACUUCACGUACCUGGAUGACCUCCUUCUGACCACCAAGAAACUGGACAAGGACUUGCAAGAACUAGUGUCCCUUCUUUCCUUGCCCUCAGCGACCCCGAGCGCGGCGCUGCGCACCGACUUCCUGAACGCAACGGACGCCCGCUGCGAAAGUAUCCUUCGCGUUAUCGAGGAGGUCGAGCUAGGGACGUUAUUUGGAGGAGCCCGCAAAGCAUCGUCUGAGGAGCUAAUUGAUGCCGCCGGCGAUGCUGUGGUGCAGAUCGAACGACAGUGUGAGGCCGCGAUGGGGUAUUUGGAGCAGUAUGGGUAUCAGCCGCCAGCUUGGCAGAAGAAGAAAAAAACCCGUCAACCAGCACCUGUCGAUGCCGAAAACAUCCCCGACCCGAAAGCCGCAGAGCCGUCAAGCCGACCAACAGCAGCGCCAGCCCCAUCCUCGCCUUCAUCCAUUCCGCAUCAAACCGGGUCAUCAAGCUCUGCAAACGCCGCGCCAAUGACCCCGCCAGCCAAAACCCCACCACGAGGUUCACACGGUACCACUACAGCCAACAUAUCCCCGUCCGACAGCCCAUUGGCGUCUCUGGAAGAUCUUGGCUUGUCGUCACUAAGUAUGGGAUUGCUGACGGGAACGGCGCCUGAUACACCUUAUGCUCCAGCGCGAACGCCUAUGAGGAGACCGCUGGCUUCUGCGAUGAUGGACUCGCCUGCACCACCAACGUUCCGUACCGGGCGCGAUGACUUUGAAUCGCCACCGGAAGCGCGAAGAACCGACCCGCAAUCGAUGUUCAAAGACAAUCUCAUUGCGAAUAUCAGUGAGGAGGAGUAUGCGAAGUUGCCAAUUGACAUUCGGGGAUCGAUGCAUUGCGAGUUUUUGAACGAAAUGAUCAGUGAAAUCAACGAAGCAAUCAAAGACAAACGAUUCUCAGGCGACAUGGCCAACGAAAUAACCGCCGAAGAGCUCUGCAACGCUGCAAUGAUGGAUGCGGCACGUUGCAUGGCGGUCAUAAUGGCUAUGGUGCAGCUGCAAAGACUGAAGCCGGUCAAUGCGAGGCCGGGAGAGACGAAGCGAUAUGCUGUUGUGGUCUAGGGGUUUGCCGAAUGGGACCAUUGGCGUAACUUUUUUCGGCAUGGGUGUCACGUUGACGCUCUCUAGGAUACGGCGUACUGGCCUAUCUAUGAUAAGCUUGAAACCACCCGACGCUGCUUGGGUAGAUUGAAUUCUUGCUUCGUACAUAUUGUUAUAUGAUCGAACGAAUAAAACCGAGCGGGACGCACAACAACAAAGCUACAAUGUACCGUUGCAUGUGAAGUAAACACCAGCUAUUGU